GGUUCAUCUGACGUGACGUAAUUGGUGGGCGUAUGUAUUAGCAACAUCAACAAAAGGGAGAAUAGAGAAAGGAGACGGACCGCAGGAAAAACACAAGACUACACCACCCAAAUACAACAGAAAUGUGGAUCUAAUUUUCUUUAAAAGUGAGAAGACGAGAGUGCCAGCUGAGACAUGGAUGCCUUCAAACUGAUGAAGGAACUGCGGGCCAACUAUGAGCUGGAGGUCUAUUAUCUCCCCAAGGAGACGGGCCUGAGUCUCAUCGAGUCCACUAAUCAGAAGGACGGGCGGAUCUCAGCCAAGUGCAGAGAUGCCAAAGUGGAGGACUUGUGGAGUCUGACCAGCUUCUUUGGCUACAGCACGCAGACCUUCGUCCUGGCUGUGAACCUGCUUGACAGAUUCUUGGCCAUGAUGAGGAUCCAACCGAAGCACUUGUCCUGCGUCAGCCUGAGCUGCCUCCACAUGGCCGCCAAAAUGACGGAGGAGGAAUGCAACCUGGCGUCCACCGACGAGCUCAUCCGCAUCGGGCAGUGCCGCUUCAGCGUGUCCGACCUCGGUCGGAUGGAGAAGAUCAUCACGGAGAAGCUGGACUUCAAGUCCAAAUCUGUCACGGCCUUGACCUUUCUGCACUUGUACCAUCGGAUUGCACUAUCUCACUCCACCGAGAGGAAGGAGACGUUGAGCCUGGAGACGCUGGAGGCUCAGCUCAAAGCCUGCCUGUGCCGGAUCUCCUUCUCCAAAGCCAAGCCGUCUGUCCUGGCCUUGUCGCUCCUGAGGCAGCAGAUCGAAGCCAUUCAGUCGCAGGACAUGUUGGAAAUAGCCCGUCACGUCCAGAGACACCUGAAGAUUGCAGACAGCGAGCUGCUGUUGUGGCGCGCUCAAGUCGCUCAGUGCUUGUCGGACUACGCCUCUCCGGAGUGCAGCAAACCCAAUCAUAGGAAGCUGCAGUGGAUCGUGUCGCGUCGGACUGCCCAGAACCUGCACAGCAGUUAUCGCAGCGUACCCGAACUGCCCACCAUCCCCGAGUGCUGCUGGGAUGAGAGUGAGAGUGAGGACUCCUGCGAGGACAUGAUGAGUUCGGGCGAGGAGUCCCUCAGCAGCUCGCUUGGCAGCGAUGGCGAAGGGCCCUUUUUCCCGCCGCACCUCCGCCGCCAAUACCUCAACGCCUGACGUCGCCGUGCCUCACGCCCACCCCCCAGAAUGUUCCGACUUUUAAUUUAUUGUCUGAUAAGCUCCGGCGCGAGAAGUGAAUUGCACAACGACUGGCAGCUGAGCAGACGCGCGUUUUUAGAUUUUUAGUUGGAUGUGUCGGUGGUACAUUCCAAGAUGUAGAAUAGGUUGAAGGCGCUCUGGUUGGUUGGCGUGCAAGAACCGCUGUGAGAUCAGAGCCAAAAAAAAAAAAUAUUGUUCAGUUGUUGUGUCAAGAACUUUAAUUUAGCUCAAAUGUGGCAUGCAUAGAAAGUGUUGAGUGUUAAUCAAAGACGAAUUAGUUUACUGAUGCACAGAAGCCAAGGGCAGCUGCAGUUGCAAAUAUCUGCAUUUGAUCCGGUUUAAUUUUCAAGUCUUUCAUUUUGAACGAGACUUUUUAAAGAGUUCUCAAUUUUAUUUUUCGUGCAUAUGUAGAUUGAGUGACAAUAUCUUGUGAACUUAUUCUGUUGAAAUUCCAACAAGUCCCGAGACGUAUCGACUCAAAAUAGGAGGCCAUGAAUUUAUUGGACCAUCGGCAGCAGUAAGGAUGGGAACAUUCGGGUUUGACUGAAUACUUUGAGUGACUGCAACUGCCCUCGACUUCGGAGUUUGUUCAUUUUGCACAGUUUGUAAUUUGUGUGUUGGAAGCAUCUAGUGUCUUUGGGGAAAACGUGAGACAAAAGUUAUGUUUGUUUUUCUUGCGGAACAUUUUUCUUGACUCUCCUGAGGCCAUUUACUCAAAAGUGCAGCAAAGAGCACUUUACUCUCCCUGUCGAGAGUCAAACACUGUUGACUCAUUCGGUGAGUGUGUGAUUUGUGAUAGUGUGCGGGUUUGUUUGUUUGUUUUUUUUAAACCCCAAAGUUAAAGUUGCCAAUUUUAGAUGUAGCUUAAAAAAUGUUUUUUGAAAAUUGUCCCAAAAAGAAUGUUGUGUGGAACAAACUGAUGCUGAAUUUAACAUGUUAAAAAAAAAAUCCAGAAAUGCAUAGAAAAAUGUAAAAUUGUAAAUGAUGUACAAAAAAAAAAAAAUUAUAGUCCUUUGUAGAUAUGACGUUAAUUUAUUCUUUUGUCACAUGUACUUGGAAAAAAAAAACAUCUUAUAAAAAAGGUUAUUUUUUAAACA